AUGCGCCUGCCGUUGGCACUCGUCUUCGGCGCGCUGCUUGGAAGCGUCCAUGCAAAUGUUGUGAUCCGACAAGACGACUCGGGCUCAUCGUCCACCGCUCCAGGACCGACCGAUGGAGGCGACUCCUCGUCGUCCACUCCUCCGCCGUCAUCCUCGACAACUCCUCCCCCGACCUCGUCGACCCCUGGCAGCAGCAGUAGCAGCAGCAGCUCUGAUGACAGCGACAGCACCACCACCAUCUUUGAGACCGAGACUGUGACGGGCCCCGGCGGCAGGACUGCCACAAGCAUCAGGACUGUGACGACGACCAUCACCACCACGAUUACCACGACGUCGACGGCUUUUACCACGACCACUGUUACUAGCAGCAACGCGGAAACAGCCACCACCACCGUCUUUGAGACCACCACCGUCUUCGAAACGCCCACCGCCGCGCAGAAGCGGGAUUACAGGGUUGCGCCCAGGACGGGAGUUGAUCCUCUUCCUACCGAGGUUGUUGAUGCCGAGUCUCUGAACCAAUAUCUGGCUCUGCGCGAUUUGGAGGCGCGCGCCUUCGUUACCGAUGUCGUGACUGUGACCGUCGGAGGCGGCAGUGGCACCACCAUUGUCGACACCACCACCAGGACCGUCCGAGACACCGAGACCACCAGGACCGUUGUUACCAGGACCAUCACCCAGACCAGCCAGGCCAAUGCCAAGACGACCAUUACUACGACCAGCACCUUGACCGUCACCUCGACUGUUGUUACCACCGGUGUCCAGGAGACCUCCACUGCCCCGACAGGCUCUGGCACGGGCGUUCCGGAUGGCAACACCAGCCAUGCAUCCGAUAGCUCGGGCCUGUCCACCGGCGCCAAGGCUGGUAUUGGUGUCGGUGUCGGUGUCGGUGGUCUGCUCAUCAUCGGCGCUGCCCUCUUCCUCAUCCUGAGGCGUCGCAACCGCGGCCCCAGCCCUGACCACGACGACCUGGUUGGCGCUUCUGAAGUCCCGAUCGGCGGCGGCGGCGGCGGUGGAAUUGGCGGUCCCGGUCGCCAGCAACCCAUGUCGGCUCACACCGCCAACGCAGCAGCUUUCCUGGCCCCCGGCCGCACUCCCGUCAAGCCCGCCGCUCCCGAGGGCUACCGUGGUACCGCCUUGGGUGAUGGACGUGCUGGAUAUGCCAAGCCAGAGCCGUACGGUUCAGCCUACACUUCGCCCAGCCCGGCAACGACAAUGGCAAACACUGUCAGCCCCGUCUCAUUCGACAACAGGACCGCCAACGUCCCCCCUGCUCAUGCCGAUGCUGCUGAGUUGGGCAACGACAACGUCAAUGCUGCCAAAUGGAACAACCCCGAGGCUUCCGAGAUUGACGGCAACGCAGUCCUGAGCCAUCAGAGCGGGCCAGUCUACGAAAUGCCUACGCAAAACUAUCACUAA